UCCGUUCACAAGCUUCGUCAUGUUGUUCACGAGGUUACAGCCGUUUUAGACGAGUGGUUGUGAGUCGGCAGAAAGUGAAAAGUAUUUUUUUCCAACUGAAGACGUUAAAACAUUCACCUAUUGAUAGAAAUUCGAUAAGUCAAUACAAAAGAUACAGUUUCAAGGCCGAAGAUCUAAACGUAGCAAUGACUGCAGAAAAGAAAGAGUUUCAAAGGCUAUCUACUGACGUUUGUCCAUAUCAUUACCAAAUCUUUUUGAAGCCGGAUAUCAAGUCUUUUACCUGUGAAGGCGAGGAAAGUGUACAUGUUGAUGUCAAGAUUUCGACAGAUGUUGUGACUUUAAAUUCUCUGGAGAUCGACAUAAAGAAUGUUGCUUUCCAUACCGUUGAUGGGAAGGUGGUCGCUUCGAAAGACAUAUCGCUCAAUGCUGCACAAGAAACGGUUACGAUACUGUUUACUGAGAAGCUCCCAGUUGGCCGGAGUGGUUACCUGAAAUUUGUCUUUCAGGGCGAAAUCAAUGACAAAAUGAAGGGUCUAUAUCGAAGUAAAUACACUGGACUCGAUGGCGUUUGUAAAUAUGCAGCGGUUACACAAUUUGAGUCGACAGAUGCUAGACGUUGCUUUCCUUGUUGGGAUGAGCCGGCGCACAAAUCUACCUUUGACAUGACGUUACAAGUACCUGCGGGCCUCACAGCCCUUUCGAAUAUGCCAGUCAAGUCAAAAACUACCAGCACAGAUGAUGCAUCCUCGGAAGUAUUGGUUUUCGAGAGAACGCCAAUGAUGUCAACUUAUCUCGUUGCAGUGGUCGUCGGUGAGUUUGACUAUGUAGAGGAUAAAACCAGUGACGGGGUUCUCGUUAGAGUGUACACGCCGAAAACGAAAAAGGAACAGGGUCAAUUUGCCCUGGAUGUGGCGACAAAAGUGCUCCCUUAUUACUUUAAUUACUUUGGAAUAUCGUAUCCUCUGCCGAAAAUGGAUCUGAUAGCCAUCGCCGACUUUUCCUCGGGUGCCAUGGAAAAUUGGGGCCUGGUGACUUAUCGCGAGACGUGUCUCUUGGUGGAUCCGGAGAAUACAUCGACCGCGCGAAAGCAGUGGAUAGCGCUCGUGGUCGGUCACGAAUUGGCACAUCAGUGGUUCGGCAAUCUCGUGACAAUGGAGUGGUGGGAUGAUUUGUGGCUGAACGAGGGUUACGCCUCUUUUGUCGAAUUUCUCUGCGUCGAGCAUCUAUUCCCCGAGUACGAUAUUUGGACGCAGUUUGUCACCGAUAUUCAUAUCAAGGGACUGGAAUUGGAUGCGCUGCGCAACAGUCAUCCAAUUCAGGUGCCAGUCGGGCAUCCGUCCGAGAUUGAUGAGAUUUUCGAUGACAUCUCGUACAGCAAGGGUGCCAGUAUUAUCCGAAUGUUGCACUCGUACAUCGGCGAUGAUGACUUCCGGAAGGGGAUGAGUUUGUACUUAAAGAGGUAUUCGUACGCGAACGCGGAAACGAAGGAUUUGUGGGCGGCUUUGGAGGAGGCGAGCAGUAAGCCGAUUGGCGAUGUCAUGUCAACCUGGACGAAACAGCAGGGUUUUCCGAUAGUGCGUGUUGAGAGCAGUCGGAGUGGUGACAAUGUUGAGCUGACUUUCAAGCAGAAGCGCUUUCUCGCCAAUGGUUCGGCCGAUACGGACAAUUCCACAUGGAUGAUUCCACUGACGGUGAGCACAUCUCAAGCGCCGGGAAAAGUCGCCCUCAGCACCAUCAUGAGCGAGGAGACGCAAAAGGUGGUGCUCAAGGAUGUGCCGCGCGAGGCCUGGAUUAAAAUCAAUCCGGGAACGGUCGGCUUCUAUCGGACAACUUACAGUACCGAUUUGCUCGAUCUUCUGCGACCUGCGAUCAAAAGUCGUACUCUGCCACCGCUCGAUCGACUCGGGCUUUUGGACGAUUUAUUUGCGAUUACACAGGCGGGCGAGGCGGCGACAGUGGACGUUCUGCGUCUGAUGCAGGCCUUCCAACUCGAGGACAAUUACACAGUUUGGUCGAGUGUUAUCAAUUGUCUGACGAAAAUCGGUCAGCUAAUUUCCCAUCUGGAAUUUGAGAGUUCGUUCAAAGUUUUCGGUCGAUCCCUCUUGCAGGAUGUUAAUGCGCGACUAGGAUGGGAUCCGAAGCCAAACGAGAGUCACUUUGACACACUGCUGAGGUCUCUUGUAUUGGGUAAAAUGGUUUCGCUCGAGGACAAGAGUACAAUUGAGGAGGCGAGGAAACGAUUCGCGUUGCACGUUGCCGGGAAAACGGUUCUCUCGGCCGAUUUGCGGAGUCCCGUUUACAGAGCGGUGCUCUCGGUUGGCGAUGAGGAGACUUUUGAGACAAUGCUGAAAUUGUAUCGAGAGUCGGAUUUGCACGAGGAGAAGGACAGGAUUUUGGGUGCUCUGGGCGCCGUGAAGGAUGAUGUUUUGUUGGCGAGGGUACUUGAGUUUGCCAUGGGCGAAGAGGUGCGUGCACAGGACACUAUUUUCGGAAUUAUAUCGCUGACGAUGACGUAUAAGGGUCGUUUGCUCGCUUGGGAAUUUUUGAAGGAGAAAUGGGAUGUUUUGGUGGAUCGGUAUGAAGGUGGGUAUUUGCUGUCGCGUCUAGUGAAAUAUAUUGCGGAGAAUUUUGCUACUGAUGAGAAGGCACUGGAGAUUGAACAGUUUUUUGAAAAUCGGCCGAAACCGGGCGUUGAGAGAACCGUGCAUCAGUGUGUUGAAACUGUGAAACUUAAUGCAGCGUGGUUGCGUCGCGAUGAAGGAUUUAUCAAAGAGUUUCUCAAGGCUCAAGUGUAAAAGUGUGCAUAUUUUUUUUUUUAAACCAUAUUCUGGCUCAUUUUCUAUUACAUUUGUCAUUCUGCCAAUGUUUUUUUUUACGUGCAAGCGUAAUAAUAGAAUAAUUGCGCAACGUUACAAGUCUGGAAAGUGUUUUUUUUUUAAACAUAUUUUGUAAGCAAAUUUAAAUGGUUUAAUAUAUCAAUUGAUAAAAGUGA